AGCCCAAUUUCUCGGCUGCGCUCCGCCCCUCUCCGCCCACGCGCUGUGGCCCCCUGCCGCCGCCGCCGUCGCCGGAGACCAGCCUUGGGGGUGGGGGGAGGCGGGGGGUGACGGUGGCCGGUAAGGCUCCUUCGACAAGGCGGCGAUGUCCGCGAGCCCGGAGCGCGCCGCGGCGGCAGCGGCAGCUACAGCGGGGCCUCAUGCGCAGCGCGGCAGCCUGGCCUUUGGCCUCCCUCCGGCUCUCGUAGAGCGGGCCCGUGGCAAGAACAGUAGCCGCCGAGGCCGUGAGGUCUCUGGCGUGUCUUCCUCCUUUUCUUCCUCCUUCCCCUUGGCCGUCGGGUACUGAGCCGGGGGAGGGGAGGUGGCCUGGGUGGCCGGGGCGGGGGCUGCCGCUUUGAGGAUGGGAAUCCUCUUCACCAGGAUAUGGAGACUGUUCAAUCACCAGGAGCACAAAGUUAUCAUUGUUGGUCUGGAUAAUGCAGGGAAAACCACCAUUCUUUACCAAUUUUCUAUGAAUGAAGUUGUACACACAUCUCCCACUAUAGGAAGUAAUGUAGAAGAAAUAGUAGUUAAUAACACACGUUUCCUAAUGUGGGAUAUUGGCGGCCAAGAAUCUCUUCGUUCUUCAUGGAAUACUUACUAUACUAACACUGAGUUUGUCAUUGUUGUUGUGGACAGUACAGACCGAGAGAGGAUUUCAGUAACUAGAGAAGAACUCUAUAAAAUGUUAGCACAUGAAGAUCUAAGGAAAGCCGGAUUGCUGAUUUUUGCUAACAAACAAGAUGUUAAAGAAUGCAUGACUGUAGCUGAAAUUUCACAGUUUUUGAAGCUAACUUCAAUUAAAGAUCACCAGUGGCAUAUCCAGGCAUGCUGUGCUCUCACUGGUGAGGGAUUGUGCCAAGGACUUGAAUGGAUGAUGUCACGACUUAAGAUUAGAUGAUCUCUACUGACCUCUGUAGACUUUGCAUAAAUGAAGUGCUGGACUAUAAUUAACCUGAAAGCUGCAAAAAUUAAUGGGUUAGAUAUAUUUAUAAUAAACUGACAAACUUUUUCUAUAAGAAACAAAUUAAGACCACUUCUUUGAAAAGAAAGAUGGAGUCCCACGUUCCAGUUUGCUUUCAUAUUAGUUUCUUCUGAAGUUAGGUCUUAAAGCUGUGAUUGACAUUUCUGUCAUAAUGAAUCCUCUCAGGACAUUGUGUAGUCUGUGGUAAGUAUAAAGGGAGAGGAAGACAUUUUUAACUACCAGAGCUUUAUUAUCAGUAUAACCCUCCCUAAGUUGAAUGUUGUCUUUUUGUUGGAUUAAGUCAAAAAAACAAAUCAAUGGCACAAGUAUUCAAUUUCCACUAUUUUUUAAAUGUAAUGUUACAUAUGAGAAAGAUGUUUUACAUUACUUUGUAUAUGUAUUGUGUGUAUACCUUCAAAUUUAGGUUAAUGACUUUGAUUUAUAUACUAGAGAAGGGUAAAUAACAUAACCUAACCUAAGUGAAUAAUAUGCUUACUUAUACCUAGAAUGAAAUCAGUAUGUAGAUGUUGACAUGUCACUUAUACUUUGUCCUUUAUGUUCUCUGUAUUGUAUUAACCUACCCAGAAAACUUUUGCACUGCUUCUUUAAAAAAAGAAAAGAAGGCUGAAAGUUUCUAAGUUUAAGGGAUUGGGAGGGGGUCAGACUAAAUCAUAAACACACAAAAAAAGAUGUGGUACACUGGAGUGGAAUUCUUAGUUGAUUUAGUAUUACCAACUGCCACUAAUUUAUUUCCAGCAUUUUUUUUAAGGACUUAUAUUGCCUAUUUAAGUAAUCUUGUAUUUUAAAUUAUGAGAAUACAAUUUAGGAAGUAAAUUUUCAGAGUCAAUUAUGAGAAAAAACAUUUGAAGAAAUAUGUCUAUCAAAUGGUGUGACCCUUCAAAAAUUUUGGGUUUUAGUUUAAAAUCACUGUACGUACAUUAAAUUAUAUGGCAACUGUUGAAUGAAUUUGACAUCUUUGAGAGUAAUGCGUACUGUUCUGGUCGCUGAAAUGUGGAGGUUCUGUCGUUGGUUUGUAGUGGGCUGCUAUGGAAAGCAGGAAGUUUUUUUCACUUUUUUUUUGAGUUUUAAAACAUCAGUAUUUUGAGAACAUUUAAAAUUAUAGUUAAGUGACUUAUUCCCACUUCUGUAUUGCUUAAUAACUCAGCAACUAGAAAAAGUAAACAUUUCUGAAUGUUUAUUAUGAUUUCAAAAUGGUUUUGCAUGGUAAGUGACUUUUAAAAUAAUCUAUAUUAAACUUUAUUGCCAUUUAUAGUACUGUUACUCAAAGUGCUAUAAAUAUUGAAUUGAUAUUUUAAAAAAAAAUUCUUAAAGUCAAAAUAUAAGCCUCUGACAUAACCAUAAACAGCCUUUAUACUAACUAAUACUAUUACCAUUUUUAAAAUUCCCGUGUAUUAUAUUGGCUUAACUUUAAAACCCCAACUAUUUCAAAACAGUAUAAUCCAAAUUGUACAAGAAAUAACAUUAAACCUUAAUGUGAGCCUUUUCAAAGUUAAUGAAGUUAUAGGGAGAAAUAGAUGUACAUAUCAUAAAUAAUAAUAUAGAUUUAAAGGUCAUUACUACCAAAAUAUGUUAUAAAAAUAAUAAAAUUUUAACUAAGUCAGAAGCAUGUGGUUUUGGUAGAGAAUCCUUCAGUGUUUAACAUUAAGGGCCUUGUGUUUUAUGUUUUUAUAGCCAGUAUACAUUUUCAAGCUUAAAAUGGAAGCAUGAAAAUUUUAAUUAUGUAACAGUAUGCUUUUGAAGAUGAAUCAUCAGUUAUAGAACAUCAUUGAUUCAAGCUUUAUUGAUUCUCAAACUCCAGAUACUCUUAAGCUUUUUUCCCAACCAACCACCUGUUAGGAAAAUAAGUUAUAGUUAUUUAUCUAAUGCAGAUGGUAUUUUAGACCUGAUUUUCAGAAAGUGUAGCUGUAGUUAAAAGCCGAGACUUCCUUAAAGUGGGGGCACAUCCAGCAUUCUUCCAUUUGUUACUCUGACUAUUUUUUAUUUUGGAUACUGACAUAGGUCCCUUUAAUGGCUUCCUCCAAGUCACAUUGAUGCCAGUAUACUCUCUUCUUGAUGCUUUAUUUUCCAAAUUUAUUGUAUAUUGUUAAGUACACAAUUUAAAUAAAAAUAUAUUUUAAAUAUACUUGGUCUUACCAAGUUGGAAAGGCUUUGUGUUGUGGUCAGUGAUGAAGUAUAUUUUUAUUGUCUUGAGGACCAGCCUGGCUAAAUUUGGAGUGACUUUUUUGGUCACAGAAACUCUAGAAGAAAAAUUGUAAUCUACGUUAGUGGAAGGAAUCCAUAUUGAUGAAAUCAUCGAUGUUUAAAUGAAAUACAGUUUAAAUUAGAUUUUAAAACCAUGUAUCAAUUAAAGCUGUAGUAUGAAUAGUUUCUGCAUUUUGCUGUUGGAAUACCAUGAGAAUGCAUAGGAUGUGUUGCAUUUAGGAUAGUAAAUUUUUUCCUCUGAAACAAGCUAAAGCCCUCAUGUUUAUACACAGUUACAGGUUUGUAACUAGAAAAAAUUUUUCCGGUUCACAGAUAAAGACUUAAAGUUUGUUUUGAUAAUUGUUAGGUUUGCAGCAGUUCAUUUCAUUUCUAAGUAAAAAUGAAGGUUCACAGAUAUUCAUAAUGAUGAUCCAUAAUUCUUUUUACCUUAGGCAGGUUAAAAGAAAGGACAGUUUUUAAUGUUUUGUUUUGUUUUUUAGUAUGCAGCUUUUUUUUUUUCAUGAAAACCAAUGUUAAUUUAGGAGACUUAUGACUUGUCCUUGAAGGGAACGUUGCGUUUUCACCUCAGUAACGUUAGGAUUAGGCAAAGACAUGUAACUGUAUUAGUUUUCAGAGUGAUAAAUUAUACUUAUGAAAUCUCUAAAAAUACAGAUAUUCUUUGAAAAUGAAAAUUUAACUUUAAUCUUAAUAUAAUUUAUAAAGUAGGAAAUGAAUUCCUAAUAUGUUGUCUGAAAGCUCCUAGACAAGAAAUUUUUAGGCCUUGGUUCCAUAGCACCAUUAUUCCAAUCCAAUGCAGAUAAACCUAAGCUGUACCUGUUUUAAUUCUUCCCAUUUAGAUGUAUAAUUUUCAUGGGGCAAGGAAUGCAGAGACAGGGGAGAUCUAGAUUCUAGGGUAGUUCAUGAAAAGCAUUCUGACUUUCAAAAACUCUGCUUUACUACCCAAUACUAUAUGACAUUAAAGUCUAACUGUGAUCAAUGUAGCAGUGAUAGAAAUAUGUCAGGAAGACAAGAGAGACUUUCCUCCUCCUGGCCUCUCAAAGGUGCCUGGUGAAUAGCUACAAGAUAGUGUAGUAGAAGAGCGCCUCACUGGAGUCAUGAGACACACCUGUGUUUUAGUUCUAGGUUAGUUUAGCUGGCUUAAGCAAGAUAGCCUCUCUGAGCUUCAAUUUCUUCACAUGUAAAAUGAGGGAGAUUGAUCUCUGAGAUUUAGCUGAGUAAGCUUUUAUCCUUCAGUAUUAAAAUACCUAAAAAGAGAAAUCCUCCCUAUUCUUCUACCUGUAACCCUGCAUUAUUAUGAGAGCUAUGCCCUGUUGUUGAUUCUAGAGCACAAUUAGACUGGUAAUCUUUAAAUUAUUGGGAUAUAGUUAAAAUGGUGGCAAUUUUCCGGCUCAUGAAAUUUUAGACGUUUCCUAUCCCUAAUCACAGAACAAGGAGAAAAACGAGGAGCAAUCCCAAAUAUUCUAGGCAGGAAAUGGCCAGUCUCCACUAGCUCAGCACUUUUUUGAUUGGACUAGGAUGGCAUAUUGUACUGGAAUAAGAUAUAUAUUACCUUUGCCAUUACUCUGUAAGAAAGGUAGUGUCGUAUGUGAAAGGGUGGAUACUUGUUUACACAGCUUGGGGGCACGAGUAGGGUUGGUAAGUAAUCAUUUCAAAGGAGCUUUAUAUUUACGUUCAAGUUUUUUAGCCUAAAGAUGAUGUUUUAAACUAAUGCAGUUGUUUCCAUGUGGUUUUUUCAUAGUGUUCAAAACAUAUUGGAGUCAGUAAAGCCUUUUACAUGAAAACAGUUUCCAUAUAAUAUGCCUGGUCUUUUAUAAAAUAAACCUAAUGUAAAUGGGUCCAAGAGAAAGUUGUACAUUUUAAGGGAAUUCUGAACUGUAGCUUUGCCUGCUAUUUAUUUUUGCAUAUUAUGAACAAAAACUUCUAAAAUUUCAUUCAUACAAAAAAAACAAAAUGUCUUUAAAAUACCUUUCACUGGUAACUUCCCCAAAGUGUUAAUGGUAGGAAAAAAAGAAAAGCCACAUUUUAAAACUUGAUUUUAUUGACUAAAAAUUCUAUUGACUAAAAAUUACUAUUUCUACUAAAUCUUAAGGUAACAGGAAGAAUUAGGAGAAGUUGAACAAAAUAAAAUGCAAUUAAGAGGCAGGAAAACAUACUGGAUAGAGAUCUGCCCUUUGAGAUUAGACUGGGGUCCUGAGGGGUUAAAUGAAUUGCCCAGGGUCAUAUUGUCAGUAUUUGAAUCUAGAUCUUCCUGAUUCAGAAACUGUAGAGUACAAAACAGUUGCUAUCUGCAUUGGCAGGGAGGAUUUCCAUUUCCAGGAAUUCUCUACAUUAAUUAAAUCACAGGUCCAGACCAAAAAAGCCCAGACUUGGUAAGUCAUACAAUAUACAUAAUCAAUGGAUUAAGCCCUUAAACAUUGUACUGAAAACUUACUUCUUGGUGUUUUUGCAUGCUCAUUGUACUGUUAAUGGUAGAAAGUGCUUAGUCUAUGUUCGAGACAUACCUAAAAUUAAUUUGUGACCAUUAUUAAGUCCAUCUAAUAAAUGUCUGUCUUGCACAGUAUUGUAUAUAUUUUUGGCUUGUCAGCAUAGCUCCCAGUGUUUUUAAGAAAUUAUCUCCUUUAUUAAAAAUGAACAACAAAAACUUUGGAGGUUAAAGGAGCCCAGCAGCGCCUACAACAGAAUUUGCUAUGUUUAGGCAUAUAACUGAUACAUGUCCUAAUGAUUCCUGACCUUUACUAACUUAAUUCUGUUGCUAUUUUUAAACAGCUUUAAAUCUACAGAAAAUUACACCAUAACAGAUUCCCUAUUAUGUGAAGUUUUUUGAAAGGUAUUUGAAGAUGGGGGCUAUUAAUUCUCAGUAUUUGGUAAUCUUCAUUGAACAUCAUACAUUUUCUGAGCCAUUUAAUUAGUGCCAGUACCUUCCUUUGCUUUCUUUAAUAGUUUACUUGGAAAUCCAGGUUCUUAGAUAGAUCCGGUUUAUUUGCCAGGUCCUCUGAACAAAUGCCCCAUUUAUUUAUUGAUAUUGAUGUAUAACCGCAGACUGUAGGUGGAUGUACUUUGCCGUAUUUUCAUCAGUUUAUAUUUCAGCUUCUCUAAAAUAGGAUGCAUUUCACUGAAAUCCCUGUUUACCUUAUUGAAAUUUGUAUUUUCUCUGUUCAUCCUUUUCUCCCCCAAACCGCUGAUGUGGGUCUAAUUUGUUUCCUUAAAUUAACAGCCUUACUCAGUUCGGUUUCUUAUAUAGGCUACUAAUGAUACCUUCUUGUAAAAUAACAAUUAAUAUUUCAUUUAUUAAGCACUUGAUGGCUUUUAAAAAGUACUUUCCUCACAAAAUCCUGUGAAGUCAAUCAUGGAAGUAUUAUUAUUCCCCUUUUGCAAGAUAAAGGAAGCACCUUAUUAAUGGUCAGUAGUAGUGUCGGGUCAGUAUUUGAACCCAGGUACCCAGCACUCCUUCUGCUAUGGCACCCUGCCUCCUAUACUUCUUCUAUCAUUCCUAUAAACACUGGAGCCUCACACUACACCAUAGUGGCUGCAUCACACCUAGGCCAAGGCUUCAAGGCUUUAUUAGUUGCUGAGAUAGAGGACAGUGCGUAAUAACUGAAAUUUGGUGCUUGAAAUGUUUUGUUGUUGGUUAAUUUAAAAGUUCAGAAUUUACUAUUCUGGUUAAUUCAUUUAUUUUACCCAGGCUGUACUUCACUGUUGUUUGUAACAUUCUCCUAUUACAGACCCAUCUAAGUAACAAUACAACAAAUUUUAAUGCCUGGGAGUUUUUUGUGAUAUAAAGACUGUUGGUUUGGUUUUUUUUUGGGGGGGGGGCACAUAUACGGUAUUUUUCUAUAUACGUGAUAGUAUAACACAUUUAGAAUUCCUAGCAGUGAAAGCUUCUCUUGACAAGUUCUGUUCAAGAUUUGGAGAAUUUGGGUGCCUGCAUUUUAGUAAACUUGGCCAAACAAAUUUUCUGCAGAUAUCAUUUGGAGAGAUAGUAUUCUACCACCCAGAAUUACUUCUUUCUCCUAUAUGAAUAUGUGGCCCUGUAGAAAAUUCUGAAGAAUCUUCAGUAGAUAUUAGGAGUUAGAGAAAGUAGAAAGGAACACUUCUGUGCCAUUGAGCUCAUAGAUUCAAUGAUGCUUAGGAAAGUACCACUUCUUCAUACUUGGAAAUUACCAUGAUUUUGUCCAUUAAAAAAAGGCUAAAAAUGUUAUAUCUUAGCAAGGAGCUUGCUUGGUGGGAAUAGCUUAUGAGAAUACAAGUAAUUAACAGUAAACUAUAGAAAUGUUCAGGUGUACAUGCGAAGAAAUGGCCAAUCAUAUUUGACUAAUGCGUUCAUUUGUAUGUUUGUACAGCUAUGAUACAUGGAAAUUUUUUUAAAAAAAAAUUAUAGGGAGGAUAUUGACAUGGAGUAAUUUUCUUUGCCUUAUGUUGUAAAAAAACAACUAAGUAAAAUUUUUACCAUAUCUACUGUUUCACAUUACAUCUUCUGUUGUAAGAAGGUUAAUUAUAAUGGCUCCAUUUCCACUGA